GAGAGAGAGAGAGAGAGAGAGGGGAAAAAAGCGCCUGAAUCCAUCUCUCUCCUCCCCGUGACGUCGCUCGGUCUGGGCCCGGGGUGCGCUGCUCUCUGGUCCCGUCUCAGCAGAAACCACUUUAGUUGCUGCCUCGACCGUCCACACCAACCUGCGGUUCAUACGCGCGCGGUUUAACGGUGCGGCGAGGUGCUUUGCGGACACCCGGUGUCCUUCUUCUACUCCACGCUGCCUGUCUUGUCCCACAUUAUCAGUGAACUGUUCCCACACUCUGCUUCAGGAGAGAGGAGAGAAACCUGAGGCGUUGAAUAAGAAGGGAGAGGGCGAGGGAGGGAGAAGGAGAGAGAAAGAAAGAGGAGAGAAGAGGAAAGAGGUCGCCGUAGUCUCCUCUUCAUACCGUGGCUUCAAUCUCCGCCGAGAAGAUGCUGAGAAUUGCCGGCGUGUUGGCUGUAGUGGCUCUGGGCUUGAGCGCCGCUCACACCAAAGUGAAUAAACACAAGCCGUGGAUUGAGACAUCUUACCAUGGGGUGAUCACUGAAAACACCGACAUCGUUCUGUUAGAUCCUCCUCUGGUGGCCCUGGACAAAGAUGCCCCCAUCCCCUAUGCAGGGGAGAUCUGUGCGUUCAACAUCCACGGGCUGGAGGCUCCGUUCGAGGCAGUGGUGCUGAACGGCACGUCUGGUGAGGGCCAGCUGAGGGCCCGCGGCCUGGUGGACUGUGAGCUGCAGAAGGAAUACACCUUCAUCAUUCAGGCGCAUGACUGCGGGUCUGGACCCGGGGGCACGGAGGGCAAAAAGUCCCACAAGGCGGUGGUACACAUUCAGGUGAACGAUGUGAAUGAGUUUGCCCCAGUGUUUCGGGAGCCCCAGUACAGAGCUGCAGUCACAGAGGGAAAGAUUUACGACAGCAUCCUGCAGGUGGAGGCCACGGACCAGGACUGCUCCCCUCAAUACAGCCAGAUCUGUAACUACCAGAUCACCACCACCAGCACACCCUUUGCUAUUGAUCGCAACGGUAACAUCCGGAACACAGAGAAGCUGAGUUUCGACCGCCAGCAGCAGUACGAGAUCCAGGUGACAGCCUGGGACUGUGGCCAGAAGAGAGCCCUGCACAGCGUCCCCGUCCGCAUUGACGUCAAGCCUGUCUGCAAACCCGGCUGGCAAGGUUGGAAUAAGCGAGUCGACUACGAGCCCGGUACAGGAAGUAAGCAGCUGUUUCCUAAGAUGCACCUAGAGACCUGUGGCGGGCCGCUGUCAUCGGUGAGGACCACAGUGGAGCUGCAGACCAGCCACAUCGGGAAAGGCUGUGACCGUGAGACCUACUCUGAGAAAUCUCUACAGAAACUAUGUGGGGCCUCCUCGGGCAGCACUGACCUUCUCCCUGCCCCCAGCGCUGCAACAAACUGGACAGCUUCCCUGGUGACUGACAGCGGCAGGGACAGUGACUUGAUCUUCAGGUUUGACGGUCGUCAGGCGGCUAAAAUCCCAGACUGGGUGGUACCACAGAAUCUGACAGAUCAGUUCACCAUAGCAACCUGGAUGAAGCAUGGACCCAGUCCUGGGCUCAGAGCUGAGAAGGAGACACUACUCUGUAACUCCGACAAGACUGAGAUGAACCGUCACCACUACUCACUGUAUGUCCAUAAUUGCCGCCUGGUGUUCCUGCUGAGGAGAGACUUCACCCAGGUGGACACCUUUAGACCGGCCGAGUUCCACUGGAAACUGGAGCAGAUCUGUGACAAGGAGUGGCAUUACUACGUCAUCAACGUAGAGUUCCCAGUGGUGACGCUCUAUGUGGACGGAGUGACCUACGACCCCUACCUUGUGACGGACGACUGGCCAAUCCACCCCUCACAGAUUGAUGUGCAGUUGACAGUCGGUGCCUGCUGGCAAGGUGGGGAAGUGACCAAGCCACGGUUUACUCAGUACUUCCGGGGCAGCCUAUCUGGACUGACUAUCCGACCAGGAAAGAUCGAGAGUCAGAAAGUCAUUUCCUGUCUGCAAGCCUGCAAGGAGGGACUGGACAUCAACUCCCUCGAGAGUCUGGAUAAGAGCAUAAAGUUCCACUUUAACCCAGCCCAGUCUAUCUUGGUAAUGGAAGGAGAGGACUUGGAAAACAUGAACGCUGCUGUGAGGAAAGUUUCCUACAUAAAUUCUCGGCAGUUUCCCACGCCAGGCAUCCGACGUCUGCACAUCUCCACUGUCGUCCAGUGUUUCGGUGAAGACACCUGUAUCACCAUCCCAGACAUCGAUGCGGUCGUGAUGGUGUUGCAGCCCAGUGAACCCAGGAUAACCAUCACUGGAGUGGAGAGGCUGAAUCGGCCGGCCUCAGACCUCAGAACGCCAGGAGCCUUAGCUCUUUUCCAGGACCUCCACAUCAUCAGCACAGUCACCAGGGCAGACGCCACCGCACAUAACACAGCACAUCGACCCGGGGUGCUGGAGGAGAUUAUUCAUAAUUUGGACUACUGUGAUGUCCUGGUGCUGGGGGAGGAGCUGAGCCCGGGGCAGGAGUCCCUCGAACUGCAGCGGAGCGAACUGCUGGGAAAACACCUCGACGCCACCAACUCCACCUCUGGCAUGUCCAUAUAUGGUGUGGACUCCAUGUCCAACUAUGAACAGGUGAUCCGACAGGUGCGUUACUAUAACUGGCGGCCAGAACAAAUAACAGAGAGAAGGUUUCGCCUCACCUGCUCGGAGCUCAACGGACGCUACACCAGCAAUGAGUUCAACCUGGAGGUGAGCGUGCUGCACAGUUCAGAAGCCGGAGAACAUGUCAGUCACGUGGUUGUCCCGCCUCAGUACAUGCAGGUGGUCCACCAUCCAUCCAUGCUACAGGACCUGUACCCCAGCCACACCUCAGGUGUGCCCAGUGCUGCCACCGUUGUAAUUGUGAUGUGUAUCGCCGCUCUGGUGGUGGUUGUGGUGCUGGGUAUCUACCGCAUCCACCUGACACACCAGCAGGAAGUCAAGCUGGAAGAGACAGCUAAAGAGGCAGACGUGACCUGGGACGACUCAGCUCUGACGAUUACGGUCAACCCAAUGGAGAACCUGGAGGAGCCCCAAGCCGUGGAGGAGGAGGCCAGCGAGGAAGAGGAGGAGGAGGAAGAAGAGGAGGAUGAGGAGGAGGAAGAGGAGGAGGAUGACAUCACCAGUGCUGAGUCAGACGACAGUGAGGAGGAAGUGGAUGUCCAGCUACCAAGAAUGCAACGCCAGAGCAAGAAGGGUCACAACUGGGACAAAACAACAAUAUCUUAUUGAAGCACACAUUCACGGUCACUCAUACAAACACACACAAACACAUACUGCAACACGUCCAUAAUGAAAAACCUCAAAUCAGAUGGUUGAAACAAAAAAAAAAGACUUUAUGUGAUGUUGAUGCUCUAAAAAUGAGGUAAUAUCUCCCCCUACUGGAAGAAUACACCGAAACACACACACACACACACACACUGCAAUGAUUUAACAUUAGCCUUGUCAGAAAACCUCCUGUUUUAUACAGCUAAUUAAAAUAUAUAUAUAUGACACUAAAACUGCUCGUCAAUCAUCCUUCUUAAAAGGGACAGCUCUCCAAAUUUAAAGCUGGUUUUCCUCAAAUGAUCUCUCAUUAACACCACAACUACGAUCUUUAGUGAAAUACAGUCGUUUGAAUCUCAUUUUGUCAGUUUCACCCAGCACCAUACGUUCAGUUUGAUGUGUCAGAUUCCACGGUGAGAUCUCUGACGUCCUAUGAAAAUGCAAAACAGUCUUUGUUUAGAAAACUGAAUUGCAAAAGUAAAGAAUCUGACUAUUUUUUUGGUUUGUAUACUUCAUGUUAUCUAUCUUUAUUCUAGCCUACGUGGCAAAGCCAGGUGAUUUUACAGAAAUAGCAUAUUUUCAAUGGUACUCAAAAACAAAACAAAAAAAGAGAUGAUCUGUGUGUAGUCAUGUUGAACUAGCCGAGGGGUCCUGAGUUCUGGGUUUUUGGGGAAAGACAGAGGAGUCUCCUUGUAAAUUUUUAUACGCUCCUUUCUUGUAAAUAGUGAGUAUAGUAGGUGACCCCCCCUUUCCCCCCUCAACCCUCCGACACCCACCACACCCCCUCCCCUCCUCUCCACCUGUACACAACACACAUGCCACCUCUUCAUAUGUAUGUACGUACUCUGAACCCUUAGCCUGCAGGAGUCUUUACUGUACUGACCCCUCAGCCCCUGUGUGUGUUUUCUAGCUCAGUGUUCAGAUCAUUCCAGCUGACUGCGAGUUCGUUAGGAUGGAUGUGCCACUGCCUUCAGAGAGAGUGACUGGGUCAGCUAAAGCUGCGCUAGGCAAGAUUUGCAAAGAGGCACCAGUUUUAUAUAGAUCUAAAUCACACAGCGGGGGUUGAAACAAAGAAUAAAGUCAAUAAAGUCAUGAAAUAAAGCUACAACAUUAAUUGCACCAUCUCCUCCAAUUAGUCAUUAAUGCUGCAUUAUAGAAAUGUUGGCAAGUGUGAGAUUCCAGUUUUCUGCUAAUAAAAGUGCCCUGGCAUAGAUGCAAAUAUCUGAUAUCAACAUUCGAGGCCAAGACCAAUGUCUUUAUUUGACUUUUAAAAAUGUGAUGACAAAAUAUUGUAUGUGAGGAUCCUUUCUAUUAUUAAAUAACUGUGACCAAAGUAUGUACUGAGUGGAACAUUUUACUCAAAACAUAAAUAACAAUAAAUACAACAGAAUAUUUUCCACAGCAAACAUCUCUGGAGAAACAACUAUUAACAAAAACAGAUACAAUAAAACUAAAUGUUGAAGUAAGAAAAAUAAAGCUUAAAUAUGCGUAAAAAUGCACCCUAUAUUUUUUUUUUAAAUAAGAGCUAUAAUAAAUUAUAUAGAACUGUAUUAAACAUUAAACGUAUGUAGAGUGUGGCAAAGCUAAUAUUAUAAACUUUAAAGCUAAUAGUUAAUAUUUUUAUAUUAACAAUGGAUCAAAUGACUACAUGUAAAAUAAAAGAUGUCGCUCCAAGAGAUGAACCCAGAGCCAAUUCUGCACAGCAUUUUAGUGUCUUUCAGCUCGUUGUU